AUGGACGCCUCUUCCACUACGCCUUCUCGGCCUGUCACCCGCCUGGCCUGCAAUCGAUGCCACCAGCAGAAGCUUCGAUGCCACCGCAGUCUUAUUCCCGGCCAGCCUUGCGCACGCUGCGCGAAUGCCCGGGUUCAAUGCAUUUUCGAGCCACCUCUACGGCCAGGGAGACCCAGCACUCGUCGCAAGUCGCAUAGCAAGGGAAUGUCGCCCUCCGAAUGCGUUACAGCAUCCUCUCUGACGCAGUCCAGGCACCAGGAACAGAGCCCGUCAGCGAACAAUAUGCCGAGGGAAUAUCUGUCGGAGGUGGAUAGACUGUCCAAUGUGGUCGCGUCUGAGUGUCCAAUGGCCAGCAAUAACCAUGACCAAGCUUCACUCUCUCCAUUUCCUGAGCUUGGCCGUGACGAGCCAGUCCUCUUUGUUGGUUGCAGAUCUCCUUUGUAUAGUGGCCAACUGUGUACGGCGCCCGACUGGAUCGAUCUUUCUAGCUCCAACUCCCACUCCUCAUCUUUUUCGCAUGAAGAAUCCAUCCAACGAGCUCUCGCCGAUGAGAUGACCAACCCCUUCGGAACCACAGCAUCCUCAUCGUUGCCACCGUCGUCGUCAUCGUUUGUCUCGGCACCGUCGCUGCUGGGAGCAGUCAAUGCCAAUUUCUAUCGGCUUUCAGAGCUGAGCAUGACGCUGGAGGAGUACCAUUGCCAGCUUCUGGCCAUCAACGGAGCGCAAUCAGACUCAGUGGUGGAUCCGCCCCUAACCAUCGAUCAGAUCCUAGCUGUCACCCAGUCACUGGCAGAGAUCCUCUCCCCUGUCUCAAACCAUACCGAUCCUAAUGAUGAACGAGCCAAAAUGGAGUUCCCUUUACAUGCGGCCUAUCGAUCCCUGCCGGACAGUGCCACCGCUCUCCUGAUCCUCUCCUGCUACCUUCGCGUCCUUCACCUCUUCAAUGCGGUACUAUCUAGCCCAUCCGCAGUCGCAGUCACUCCAAUUUCGGCCACGCGGAAUGGGGAUGGGAACGGGAAUGGGAUGCAACCGCUGCACUUCCAGAUCGGGUGUUUCUCCACCCCCAUGACGUCGUCAAUGUCGCUUCUCGCGUGCGUGAUUUCGCAGCUGCUGGGCAACCUCGAAGCCUCGCUCAAGUGCCUCGCUUCGAGCAUGAAUCCUUCGAAAGCGCCACAGACCCGAUUUGAUCAAGCCUGGCCUUCGGAGCCGGAUGCUGGUCCAGUGUCCAGUGUGAUGCUCAUCGCGCGUGCCGCAAUGCUGGAGAUGAAAUCACUUCAGGCCAAUCUACACCAGCGACUACUGUUGCUGAGCUCUGCUUCUUAUCCUUAA